CCCCGCAACUUUGCCAGCUCAACGACGUCAGCCUCUCCCAGUCUCACCCUCGCCAUCAUGAAGCUCGUUUAUCUCGGGAUUCUCCAAAAUGCUCAAGCUCCCGCCGUGGAGCUCUGCGCCGAGCGCGAUCUCAGCAGCUAUUCGCGCUUCACCAAGGGCAGCGUCAGCGAAUUCAUGACGAUGUUCAGUAAGACCGUGGCCGAACGGACGAAACAAGGACAAAGACAGGACAUUCAAGAGCAAGAUUUCACAUUUCACGUCUACGCGCGAACCCAAGGCAUCGCCGGAGUGAUUAUUAGCGACAAUGAGUACCCGUCCCUGGCUGCUCACCAGAUCCUCUCGAAGAUGCUGGAUGAGUUCCUCUCCCUGAACCCGAACGCCGCCGCCUCCCGUGACCCGGUGCCCUUCCCCUCCCUCAAGACCUAUAUUCAGGCGUACCAGGACCCGCACCAGGUGGAUAGCAUCCUCAAGAUUCAGAAGGAGCUGGAUGAGACCAAGAUCGUUUUGCAUAAGACUAUCGAGAGCGUCCUCGAACGCGGAGAGAAGAUUGAUGAUCUCGUGUCCAAGUCGGAGGGGCUCAGUGCCCAGUCGAAGAUGUUCUACACCUCUGCGAAGAAGCAGAAUUCGUGCUGUGUGAUCAUGUGAGCAGCGCGCCGAUACCUAUGCCGGUAACACCCACGUCGAGAAUCCUCGACACGACCCUCGGAAUAGAGGAUUUCGGUGCGAACAUGAAGAUCAAUUUUUUCUGUGAAUUAUUUGGAAGCGUUCUGUUGCUACAGGCAUUCGUUUAUGGUUUUUUGACCAGGCUGGAUUUGCAGGCACAUGCGGGACAGGUUUGAUUUACGGUAGACGAAGAAAUAAGCCCGAGAGCAAUGAAGUGGCUUUAUGACUUGAGAUGAUAUGGCAGGGCAUCAAAGAAUGAGAUGUAAGGGGGAAGAACGUAGACCCGAAACUAUGUGAAUACACAGUUUGGCGUACUGUGGCCUCGUCCCAGCAGUGGAUCCGUAGAGGGGCGCAUCUGCGAUGCUUAUCUAUGCUCGGGAUCCGGCACGUUGAUUGGCCCAACCAGGCAGUGCGAUGCCUAAGUAUAAGUAUUAGAC